AUGGACGACGCUAAGAGGUUUGAUGCCAAGAAGCUCCUCAAGGACAAAAAAUUGUGGGUCGCCUCUUUCCUCAUUGCUUGGGCUGCUGCUUUACAGCUUUUUGAGAAGCUUCUCUGGUUUGGGAAGGGGAAAAGUACUGAAAUGAGAAGUGCUCUCUUAAUUCUAGAAUCAGCCAAACCUGGAGACUCUAUUAAUAAAUCUAGCAUAAAAGAGUAA